UGUUGGUCUCUUACUAGCGAUGGAUGUCUUAUCUGGUAUUCAAAGGGUCACCCCUGUGAGGGUAACCCUUACUGAUACCUCCAUAGAAACUCUGGAUCUCUUGAAAUCCCAUUUAUCUAUUCCAGGCAACUUAAUAGCAUUACCAACAGAAACGGUUUAUGGCUUGGCUGCCAAUGGUUUGUGUGAGAAGUCUGUGUUACGUAUAUUUGAGGUCAAGGGUAGACCUCUUACUGACCCUGUUAUACUUCACGUUCCAAGUUUUGAGGAUGCAUUAUCUAGUAUAUUCGAUGCCGACUUAUACACUGCGUGCGUCGUGCUUUAUUUAUCAUUGCAUUUUUCUCCUGGUCCUUUAACUAUAAUAACGCGUGGUAGGUCUGGUAUACCUCGUGUUGUUUCUGCCAACAGUGGUUAUCCUGCUGUUCGUUGUCCUAACCAUCCUGAUGCUCAGGCUAUUUUGAAGCACAUUGGUUUUCCUCUUGCGGCUCCUUCUGCCAACAAGUUUGGUCACAUAAGUCCUACAACAGCUGACCAUGUUAUUUCAGAAUUUAAAGACGUCCACAUGUAUGUUGUUGAUGGAGGUAGCUGCAGUCUUGGUCUCGAGUCUACAGUUGCUAAGUUGGAAUCCACCGGCGACGGCAUUAGUGCGGAUGAUUUUUUGCAACGUCAUGGUGUGACGUACAAGCAUUUGAAUGCUGUUGUAGCUUCUAUUGAUCUUAGUAUCACAGAUCCUAGGUCUAUGAUUGACGCAGUGAUGGCAAGAUGCUCAGGUAAGAUAGACAUGCCACUUGGUUUUGUUGAAGAGCUGGUUGAUCAUCUUUGGUCCAGGAAAGACACUACCUAUCGCAUAACAAUAUUGCGUCCUGGUUUUAUUACUGAAGCAGACCUAAAAAAUAUCUUUGCUAAUUCCUUAUUCAGUGUAAGCGUAUCUCGCAAGACUGUGUACUCAUCUGGGACUGAUGUUUGUGACUCACCUGGUAUGAUAUUAACUCACUAUGCCCCUUCAGUGCCAACAUAUUUGAUAUCUGGUACUGUCCCACUUGGUACUGAGAAGGUACCUGCCAAUCGCAUUGUAAUGAUCGAUUCCGAUGGCAUGUUUAAUGACAAGUCCGGAUUAUUUUUAUCGUAUAUCGCAUUGGGAAGCACUGAUGAGAACAUGGCUCAUAAUCUCUACGGUGCUCUUCGUGAGGCUGAGGAGGCUGCUCUAUGUUACAACAAGCCUUUGGGAGAUCUUGGUGCAACAGAUACGGCCAUUAUAGUAAUCUCUUACAAGGAUCGUGGAACUGAAUUGAAUGCUACAUUGCGUGACCGUCUGAUUCGGGCUUCAUCUGGAAGGACCAUCGGUUACACUAUGGACCAAUCAAGCCUAGACUUCAUCUUAUAGCCGUGGAACACGAUGUUUACAUUUACUAAUAUAACACAUUCUAGGGUAUAUGUUAAUUGCGAUUUUAUGUU